CUCGUUCGUUUAAUAUUACUGGUUUUGUUCGUGUGUCUUGUGAUACCAGUUCAUGCUCGCCUUCACAGGCUUCGCCAUCAUCCAAAACGUAAUGAAACCCUCAAUUUUCUGGUCAUUGGAGACUGGGGAAGAAAAGGAGAAUAUAAUCAAUCCCUUGUUGCCAAAGAGAUGGGAAACAUAGGAGAGAAACUGGACAUAGAUUUCGUGAUAUCGACAGGAGACAAUAUCUACGAUGAUGGUUUAAGGAAUGUAACUGACCCUGCUUUUGUGCAAUCGUUUACUCAAAUUUACACUGCCAAGAGCCUCCAAAAGCCAUGGUUCUCUGUUCUGGGAAACCAUGACUAUAGGGGUGAUGCACUGGCACAAUUAAGUCCACUGUUGAGGAAAAUUGACCGUAGAUGGGUUUGCCUCAGAUCCUUCACUGUUCAUGCAGGAAUUGGCGACAUGUUUUUGAUUGACACGACUCCGUUUGUGGAAAGCUAUUUCACGGAAUUAGAUCAUGUCUAUGAUUGGCGAGGUGUGUCUCCCAGGCAAGCUUAUGUCUCCACCCUUCUUCAGGAUUUAGAAGAGGAAUUGAGAAGUUCGAAUGCAACAUGGAAAUUUGUGGUGGGUCACCACGCAAUAAGAAGCGUUGGUCAUCACGGUGACACUCUUGAGCUUGUCAAGCUUCUCGAUCCACUGCUCAAGGCCUACGGUGUUGAUAUGUACAUAAAUGGGCAUGACCACUGUCUGGAACACAUAAGCAGCGUGGAUAGUGGAAUACAGUAUUUAACGAGCGGAGCAGGGUCGAAGGCAUGGAGGGGAGAUGUGAAGGAGAGCAGUGAGGACUUUGUGAGAUUCUUCUACGAUGGACAAGGUUUUAUGUCGGCGCAGGUCACUCCCACUGAUGCCCACCUCGUAUUUUACGAUGUCUCUGCCAAUGCUCUUCAUCAAUGGACCAUGGUCAAGCCCCAGCAUUCCUCCAUCUGAAUUCUCAGUCCUGUAAAUAUGCACAUACAAACCUAACUUAGCUUGUCGCUUCGAGAAAACAACCAAAUGUAGAAUAGGCGUUGGACUUCUAAGCCCAUCAACUAUUGGCCCAAUCUAGUAUUGAACAAUCUCUUCUUUUACCA